CAGUUUAUUACCGAUCAGUUGAUGAUUGAAACGCGUUCGGGUUGUUUGUACUUCAAAAAAUCAAAAAAAUUAACGUAGUGUUGGGUUUAUGUUUAUACGGUACAAGUUAAAAUGGUAAAAUAAGAAGAAAAAAUUUAAUCGUCCCAUCUUACGUUCUUUAUGUUCAUAAUCUGUGUGGGGUCCAAGUUAUGGAGAUCAUGACAGAUUUAAGAUUCGAGGAAAGUAACAGUUCAACCACUAGUAGUAUUGAUGAAGAUAAAAUUACUCGUGAUUCCCUCGUUGAAUUAUGCAAAAAUAAUGCGUCGUACUUUGUUAAUGAUACCACGGAGAACGGCCAAAGGUUGUACACAUCAUUUUUGGCAAUAGUGGACAACAUCGACGAAAUUUGCCCCAUAGUUUUAAAUUUAAAAUCAGUCGUAUCUAAAUAUGAUUUUGAUGAAAAAACACCCGCGAACGGUUACCGUAGCUUUUUACAACUCAUCGAUUUCGCUAUUACCUAUGGGAUACAACUGAAUAAGAAAAUAUGUGUCAAAAGAGAUAGUGUGUUAUUUAGAAAAGCUUAUUUUACAAAAGAAGCGGAAGCUUGCGCACAAUUAUUCGCUAGUUUAUUAUCAUGUCUAAAUUUGUUAAACAUAAUAAGGGAACACUCUGAGGAAACAUCACUUUUUACUUUGGAACAUUUAAAUAGUGAUCAGGAAACGUCUUUAUUAUACAACAUUGAUAAGGUCAAUCAAUAUUGUUUUUAUGGUCGAUGUUUGGGGUUUCAAUUUUGUGAGUCUAUGAAAGGAGCACUCAGAUUUAUUACACUUUCUAUGGCCAUUUUCUCUGAAGCUUAUUAUAGUGAAGGUUCCAUAAUAUCAAAAGCAACGUCUUCCUUUAAAAACACAACAAAAUACAUAACCGAUCCGGAAGAGAAAGCGAAACGUCUUGUGAAUAUCUCAAAAAAUGCCGAUAUCGAUUUUUGUAAAUCGUUUUGGUUCUUAUCCGAAGGCGAAUUGAUGAAACAUCUUCCAACGAUCGUCGCGCAAAGUGUUUGCGUUUCAAAAGUUAUUCAUAUUCCCACUGAACCUUUAACUUUGCAAUACGGGAGUCGAAUUGUAAACGUACCUGUACCUACGUCUCAUAUAGGAAGAAAAGCGGUUCAAGUUCGAUUAAUUAGUUGGAGGAGAAGAGAAGGAAUGAUUGGUGAAGGUACAAAUCGUUUAGAUCCACCAUGUAGAGGUUUAUUUGUGCAUUGUCACGGAGGAGGAUUCGUCGCUCAAUCUUCAAGAUCUCAUGAAUGCUAUCUUCGUCAAUGGGCAAAAGAUAUAGAUAUCCCCAUUUUAAGUAUCGAUUAUAGUUUAGCCCCUCAAGCCCCAUAUCCAAGAGCGCUCGAAGAAGUUUUAUACGCUUAUUGUUGGGCUUUAAAUAAAUGCCAUUUAUUAGGAUCGACAGGUGAACGAAUUGUGGUCGGAGGUGACUCAGCAGGAGCGAAUUUACUCGCUAGUAUGACCUUAAAAUGUUUAGAACUUGGGAUACGAAAACCAGACGGAGUUUUCAUGGCUUACGCGCCUGUUUCGAUAAGUUUCCAAGCGUCACCGGCUCGGUUAUUAUGCGUUAUGGACCCAUUAUUACCGUUCGGGUUUCUUAUGCGUUGCAUAAAAGCGUACACCCUUCCUGAUCCAUCCAAAAUAAACGGCCUCGAAACUAACAACGGAAAUUCAGACACGGAGAGUUUCGAAGAAAUCACCGAAUCGGAUCUGAUGGAUCUUCAAGCCCACAAAUCCCCCGUUUCUGAUGCCUCCGACACAUUAACUUACGCCUCGUUGAGUUCCCCACCGGAAGAAAAACAAAACGGUGCAAACGACGUCCAAUCUAGUCAAAAAUACGUUUCGGAAUUUUUGGAAAAAUACGCUUUGGAUUCAGAUACCGAUACGGAUUUAACAAAAGUACCUGAAAGUCAGUCGCAAACUUCAACGCCGAAUGUAUCAACCGAUGGGGGGGCUAUUGCGAUGCAAAAUCGGGUUGCAGCUUUCGUUUCCAAUUUACGUGGGCGAAUCGAAAGUUUUGUUCCGUCUUUGGGGAGUAGUAGUGGAGCUUCGCUUUAUUUGGAUGCGGUUAAAGAAACGAAUUUAUAUGACGAUUUAAAGUUUACUAUACCGAAGGAUAUGUAUAUUAGUCCGUAUUAUGCUCCAGAAAAUAUUUUGAUGGAGAUGCCGCCCGUUAAAAUAAUGACUGUUCAUAUGGAUCCUUGCUUAGAUGAUUGUGUAAUGUUUGCAAGAAAAUUAAAAAAAUGUGGUGUAGAUGUAUCGUUGGAUGUUUUGGGUGGUUUACCUCAUGGAUUUUUAAAUUUUAAUAUGAUUUCAAAAGAAGCAUAUGAUGCUUCAAAAUUGUGUACACAAAAAAUAUUAGAUCUAUUCGAUAUGGAAAAUCUUCCAAAUGAAACGCAAUAGCAAUUUUUCUUAUUUAUAAUAGACCGAAUAAUGUACAACCUUAAUAGAAGUGAUAUUUUUAUACCGAA